UAAGAGAAGGCUGCUUCCAAGGUAAGCCAUCUGAAGAAUCUACAUAUUACUCAUUUCCUAUCCAAAACCCCCAUUUUCUAGUAGUUUACUUCAUCCUAAUUCCUUCAUAGACAAAAAAUUCCCUUGUUUCUUAUGCGUUAUGGCUCAAGAACCGGCAUUAUUGGAUCUCUCCUGUGAUGAUUUUUACUUGUCUGCACUUUUUCGUGAGACGGAUGAAUUAGAUUCGGAAGAUGAUCAGAUUUUUCCCGUAUCAGAUGUGAAGUAUGCUGAAGGAUUGCAGUUGCAAGAAGCUCUAGUGGCUUCGAUGCUCCCAGAACCGUCUCAGGGUUAUUCGACACUUAAUAUUGCUGCUAAUGCUGCAUCAUCAUCAUCAUCAGCGAGUUUUAAAGUAGAACAGGCAGAGGAAGCAGUGACAGCAGAAUCGGGCGAAUCUUCACUGAGUUUUUGUGAAAUUUGUGUGGAUAGAAAAGAAAGUGAUCAGAUGUUCACGAUUCAAAGUUGCGGCCACGUGUUCUGUAACGAAUGCAUUAGCAAACAUGUUGCAGCCAGACUUGAGUACAAUGUACACGGUAUCAGGUGCCCUGCAGUGAAUUGUGGGAGGGCGAUUGAGUUUGAUUCUUGUAGGUCUUUUAUGCCUAAAGAUGUAUUGGAAAAGUGGGAUGAGAUGCUUUGUGAUGCAAUGGUUGAUGCAUCUCAGAAGUUUUAUUGUCCUUUUAAGGAUUGUUCGGCGAUGUUGGUGAGAGAUAGCGAUGAAGUUAUUAGGGAAUCCGAGUGUCCUGUUUGUCGGAGAUUGUUUUGUGCUCGAUGUCAUGUGCCGUGGCAUCCUGGGGUUGAUUGUGAAGAGCUCCUCAGGCUGAAUCAGGAUGAAAGAGGAAGGGAAGAUCUUAUGCUGAGGGAGCUUGCCAAGGCGAAAAGUUGGAACAGAUGUCCUAGAUGCAAAUACUACGUCGAAAAAAAUCAGGGCUGCAUACACAUGACUUGCAGGUGUGGAUUUCAAUUCUGCUAUGCUUGUGGAGAACCUUGGAGUUCAACUCACGGUGGUUGUCAGCAAACAUAAUUUCUGCACCUCAGCACGAAUCUUAUGUACAAGUUUCAACUUAGUUUGUCUGAAGACCAUUGAUUAUGGGGAAGCAUCUAUAGUACUAUCAACUCAAAACUUGAGACUCUAGCAAAUGGACAACUAUAGUAGCAGUGCACAAGUAAAGAAUGUACCGGACGUAAAAAGGCGGUUGAAAAUAUAAAAAAAAAAAGGGUUGAGAAAUGUGUUUAUGAUGUAAGCGAAAUAUUAUUUGAAAAAAUUUGGUUAUCCAAACACACUUUUUGUUACUAGGUUCCAAGACUUGAUCUGGGCUUGAUGGAUGUUUUGUUGAACUAAAUUGAACUGAAAUGGAGAAGAAAUUGCUUGUUCAAUAAGGUUGUCUGUUCUACUUCUA